AUGUUGAAGUGGGUGACAGAUCGUGUUUUUCCAUCGGAGCCAGCGACAGGUCGUCUAGGCUCUGUAGAUUUUAACCUAUGGUUGGCCCAAAUAGUUGGUGUGCCCUUAAACGGAAUGCGAGGGGAGGCGCGCUGGGUGCAAAUAGUUGCCUUGAUCUAUGGACUACCAGUACUGCUCUUUGUCGCAAUUAUUUACUGUGGAUGUGAGUUGUACGAUUUGCUGUUAAACUUGCACAGCUUGAACAUUUUCACGCAAAAUAUUUGCCUGUCGUUGACCCGUUUGGCGGGGCUUUUUAAGAUUUCAAAUACUUUUUACUGCUAUGCGGAUAUAAAAUAUAUUAUUGAGCAGUUUCGUGAGAUGACCAAGAGAUAUGUGCAAUCUACGAAACAGAAGAGAGCUUUCGAUAGAGGCGAGUUCGCAAACAAAGUACCACUUAUGAUAUAUUCAAUAUUGGUUUCCUUUACCGGCUUUCUGGGCAUGUGGAUGCUUAUCCGCAACCCCAUCGAUGUAGCGGGAAAGGUAUUUCCAUUUAGAGUUUAUAUGCCACUCUGGUUGCCCAAUGGAAUUAAACUGGCGUAUAUGAGCUUUUCCGUGAUAAUUUCUGCUCUGCAAAUUGUAGCCAUCGACUACUUGAACAUAACACUGAUGAAUCAGAUUUGUCUCCAGCUGCAGAUUUUGAACUUGACGUUCGAUGAGUUAUUACCACUGGACAUAAAUCCUCUAGACGAGAAGUCCUGCGAGCCAGAUCCGAAUAUGACAUUGAGGGCUGCUAUAAAACAUCAUUGUGAGCUACGUGCUUUGGGGCUACACAUUGAAAUGGUGUAUAGGACACCAGUUCUCAUUCAAUUUGUGGCAUCGUUGGUCAUAUUUGGCGUGACUGGCUUUCAGGCUAUUGUGACACCAGCCGGUUCUAAUGGUGCCGUCCUAAUUUAUUUUUAUUGUGGAUGCAUCUUCUGCGAGCUAUUUCUUUACUGUUGGUUUGGCAAUGAAGUUCACGAACAGAGCAAAACUCUAGCAUCAAGUGCAUUCAGUGCGCCCUGGUAUCGAUUUGAUAGAACUUAUCAGAAGUCACUUCUAAUAUUUAUCACAAAUGCACAGAAGCCGUUCCUAUUUACCGCUGGCAGCUUUAUGGGACUAUCCCUACCCAGUUUUGCAGGCAUACUAAGUAAAUCCUAUUCCUUUAUUGCAGUAUUGCGGCAAGUUUAUAGCAAAUAG